AGGUCGCCCGUGCGCAUGUGUGUAUGUUCGGGAUCGGCAGCCGUGAAACGGAGGUGUGGAGAAACCGAGCAGCACGAGAAAAGCCACGGAGAGAGAGAUGGCGCAGGACCCAACCGGAGCGCAAGGACAGGCGGGGGGGCUCGAGACACAACCGAGAGGAAGCAAAAAAUAUAAUGUAGUAUCAAUAAAACGAGUCUAAAAGGGAAAGAAAAUAUAUAAUCGGAGGAAAGAAAAUAAUCAACAAAGACAAGAGGAAGAAAACACCAGCCAUAAAAAGGAUACAAAAAACGUCCAUCAACCAGGAUUCAGGAGACAGAACAAACCACCACAACAAACCAACAGACUGGGAGGGAACUUUCCCGCCGUGAGGACUCUGGACUGUUCUGUGGACAUCCAURCCUCWCCCAGGUCACAUAGAUGGUCGCCAAGCAUUAUGAACGCGCAACUGUCCAUGGAGAGCCUCGGCGACCUGAGCCAUGAGUCUGUGGCCGGUCCAGGAGAGCUGCUAGUCGGCCACAGCCCACACCCCCGCCCGGGUGGGGGCCGAGGGCUGGCGCACCGCUCCAUGGGCAUGACGAGCCUGCUAGACGGGGGAGAAUACCACUCCCAUCACGGACACAACACUGGACACCCCGGUCAUCACCUGCACCCCGCCAUGAGUAUGUGCGAGGCCCCCCCUGGAAUGAGCGCAAGCWCCUACACCACCCUCACACCUCUCCAGCCUCCCCUACCCCCCAUCUCCACUGUAGCAGACAAGUUCUCUCAUCAUCACCAUCAUCAUCAUCAUCCACACCACCAUCCUCAUCAUCCUCAUAAUCAUCAUCAGCGACUCCCUGGUAAUGUCACCGGCAGCUUUACGUUUAUGAGGGACGAGAGGGGGCUGGCGCCGAUCAACAACCUCUACUCCCCAUACCACCACAAAGACGCCCCUGGGAUGGGACAGAGCCUCUCCCCACUGUCUGGCUCUGGCCUGGCCGGCCUACACAGCUCCCAGGCCGGCCUGCCUCCCUAUGCCCACCCCGGGGUCUCAGCCUCCAUGCCGGGGGAGAAGAUGCAGUUGACUCCCGGUGGGUUCGAGGCUCAUCACCCCACCAUGCUGGCCAGACACGCCGACCAGCACCUCACCUCCUCGGGGAACAUGCUCCAUAUAAACGGCCUCCAUCACCACCACCCCCAUGCCCACCUCGGAGCCUCGGGGCACGUGCUGGGUCACGGGAACCCCCGGGACAACAACACCCAGAGCCACGCCUCAGGGCCCGGGGUUCAAGUCCAGGGGGUUGGUGGUGGUGGCGGUACCGACGGCAAUUCGACGGGUCAAAUGGAAGAAGUAAACACCAAAGAAGUAGCGCAGAGGAUCACCACAGAGCUGAAGCYUUACUCCAUCCCCCAGGCUAUCUUCGCCCAGAGGGUGUUGUGUCGGUCCCAGGGGACACUGUCAGACCUGCUCCGGAACCCCAAGCCCUGGUCCAAGCUCAAGUCCGGCCGGGAGACCUUCCGCCGGAUGUGGAAGUGGCUGCAGGAGCCUGAGUUCACACGCAUGAGCACGCUCAGGCUCGCAGGUGAGCGAACCCUCG